AUGGAAACUAUUCUCCUUUCAAGACUGUCUUUUGUCUUUGUGUUGGUCUGUGCAGCUGUGGAGUCAUUCAUCAGAGCUGCUCCUGCUGAAAAGGCCUAUCCCUACACUGCUCCAUUAGACAGUGAGGCUGACUCCACCUUGAUGAUGUACAGACGCUUUGGUCUGCCGCCGUCUGAACCUGGAACGAUCAACACUGGAACUAUACAGAGCUGGAAGGCCCGAGGUGGAGAUGCCCCACCAGUGAUCCAUCUCCCUCCAAAUCUGCUGAGGAAAGAGCCCUUGAAUUACAACCUGAAUUCCCGUCACAACCCGCCACACCAUGAAGCCAUGAGCCAAGUUCACGGAGGGCAACGUUUGGCUGAGAUUAAAGCAGAGGUUUCGACUCGAGCGUGGUUAAUCCAGAAACCUCAUCCAUCAUCACACACGGCGAGUUCCCACCAAACGGCAAUGCGAAAACCAGCUACAGAAAAGUCCAGUCUCUUCUUCUCCGGAAUGUCUACACUACAGAAGCUCCCAGGGGAGUAA